UCUCCAUAUCCCUUCCUUACUUUCCAAAGUUUUGUUGAUUAUUUUCAUUAGUGUUGCUGACCUUUAUAUUUCAAAAUAUAUUUAUUCCUGUACUACAUGAUUAAUCGCCUUUUAAUCUUUUGACUGUCAGAAAACAUGACAGAAUUAAUAAACCUUCUUCUCCCCAUAUAGCCCAUUUUGUUAAUUAUAUCAUGUUUACAUCUUCAGGGUUAGCAUUUACGUUCUGUUCUAUAACCAUAAUCCCCAUAUUUCUUUUAAUCUCAGUCCUUCAUUUAACUGCAUUGAAUGCUCACUAUUAGUCCUUUGCCAAGGUUUGUCUUCUUGUUGUUGUGUGCCAUAGUCGAUUCCAACUCAUAGCAACCCUAUAGGGCAGAGUAGAAUUGGUCCAUAGGCUUUCCUAUCUUAUAAUUUUAAGGGAGCAGAUCUCCAGAUCUUUUCUACUGUGAAGCGGCUGGUGUGUUCAAACCGCCAGUCUUUCAGUUAGCAGCCGAGCGUUUAACCACUGCACCACCAGGACUCCUUUGCCAAGGUUUACUAGUUUUCUUUGUUGAAUUUCAUUCUCUGAGUUUAGAAGGUUCUUCAAUGCUGAGUUCUUGCAUUUUCAAAAUUGUUUGCUUUGAUACUUCGAAUGUCAGAUUAACUAGAUAUAAAAUUUUUAGGUCCUACUUUAUUUCCUUGAGGACUUGAUAGGCAUUACUACUCUGUUUUCUAGCAUGGAAUGUUUCUCUGGAGAAGUCUGAGUUCAGCCUGAUUUGUCAUAAUAUUUUUUUCCUGGAUAUCCAAAGGACUCUGAUGUUCAGUAGUUUAUUGGUGUGUGUGUGUAUGUGUGCACGUAUCAGUGUUGAUUGGAUGGGAAUGUGAAAAUGCCACCGAUUCAACUAUACCCAUAACAUUUUAUUUCUUUAAAAAAGAAAAUGAUAUGAAGCAAAUAUGCCUGAAUGUUAACAUGAAUUAAAUAUAACUGGUGAGUACAAAGAAGUCUGCAGUAUUAUUCUCUGUGCUCCAGGGUAUGUUUAAAAUAUUACUUUUUUUUUUAACAUUAAAAAAAAAAUGCCAUUCAACUGUAAAUCAGGGAACAUCUGUAUGUUUCAGUGAUCUAGUCCAAAGUAUAAUUCAUUGAAAAUCAGUUUUGCCUUACUGAUCUUGAUGUGCAUUCUUGUUUUUCUUAUAUGUUGACAACCACUCACCUAAUUGCUGUUUUUUUCCUUUGGUGUUCAUUUCCUAAAUUGUGAGUAAAAAUAUUUUAUAUUCUAAAGACCUAUAGUUGGAAAUUAUAAAAUUCUAAAUUUACAAUCUGCAGAAUAGAAGUUAGUAUUAAUUGUUUCAGGAGCUAGAACUAAAUGGGAUUUUUUACUAAAAUCUGUUAAGUGAUACAUAUUUGCUGGGUUGGAACUAUUUUGAACCAAUUAUUGCUCUAAACAUACAGAUAGAAUUUAGGGAUGAAACACCAUGAUAACUGAAAGAGUUAAGUAUUCAGGACUCUUCCCCGUACCCCAACCCCCUUUUUUUUAUUAGCAGCACUCUCAUAAGUACAAGUCAUAAUAAAAGGGAAAUGAAUCACCCCUGUUUUAUUUUUAUUCAUAUUUAGUUUUUAGUACUAAGGGAUUUUUUACAUUUGCUUUUCCUCUGUGUUCAGGUAUAUGUCUCGAGUCCACGGUAUGCAUCCAAAAGAGACCACCCGUCAGCUGAGCUUAGCUGUGAAAGAUGGUCUUAUUGUUGAAACUCUAACAGUGGGCUGCAAAGGUUCAAAAGCUGGUAUUGAACAAGAAGGAUAUUGGUUGCCAGGAGAUGAGAUUGUAAGUAUAUUUAAUUUGAUAUUUAGUUACACUGACUUUCAGUUUUUGAAUAUUAUUUAGAUACAACCUGUAGAAAUUUGUUCAGCAUUUAAUAGUAUUUACUUUUAGGUUUUUUAUGAACAUGAAAGAUUUACACUGGUAGAAUGGAUACUUUCCUCACUGAUUCUUUAGGAGCUAACUUGCUUUUAAAAAGAGCCUUCUUUCUCUAUGAAUCUAAAAAAGUAUAAGAAUCUAAAAAAGUAAAACAAACAAAAACCCCUUACAACCUAUUACAAAUGGUAUUACUAAGUAUUUUCUUCAAUAAAUUUUAGUAAAAAAAAGUUUCAACACAAGAUAAUCUUGGUAUCAUCUAGACAGACUGAAAGGAAUAAACUGUCAUCUUAGGGAAAAUUCUCAUUUUAAGUUGGAGUUAUAUCAGAACCUAGAGACAAGCUUGAAGUGGAAUUUUGUUGCUAAGUAUACAGGUUUCAAAUGUUAGACUCCCCUGGGCAAUAUCUUAAUUGACUAGUGACUAUAGCAGUGUUUUUUUGGACUAGAACAAAAAUCAAAUAGGAAAGACAAAAAGUUAAUUCUUUUUAUAUUUUUUCCCAGUUCUUAUUCUGACUCCUCUUUUGUUAAGAUAUUUCAACCUUUUCUUUCAGUGUGUAAUUUUAUACUCAGUGGCACAAAUAGAAAUGCAUUUUUUCUUACAUAAAGAUUAGUUUCAUGUGUGAUAUUUCUUUCUACUUUAGUUGCUUUUGAUAUUUCUAAAAGCUUAAAAAGAAUGUCUUAGUUUUUGCAUAGGAACAUAAUUCAAGGUGAUAGGUUUCAAAUAUAAUAGAUGUUAUUUAUUUUUAGUUUUUUAAAGGAGUGGAUUUAGUAACUAGGUAUUUUGAGAGUGUUUUAUCAUGCGUUCUCUAAACUAUAAAAUUAUAAAAAUGAUAAACUUAAAAUUGUUUCUUUGUGGAAAAAUUUUCUAAAAACUUGAAUUACAUUUCCUUUUCUGGCUCUGUAGGCAUUGAGUCAGCAGACACAUACUACAGUAAUUCCUCAGUUACAAACUUUUGACUUCUGACUUAUGGAAAACUUGUUCUUGCCCUUUAAUGUUAUGUUAAUUUGCCCUCACUGAAAGGAUUGAACCAACCCCCACUCCCAACAAAUUCUUCAUCACAAUCAUCUUCACUUGCUGCACGUGCAGCUUUUAAAUCACUGGAAAGGUUUUGAGCCUUUUCUUGCACUAAAGUAAAGCUAAAUAAGAACCAUAUGCACUUUUUCCGACUCACCUACAAAUUCAACUUAAAGACACACUUAGGAAGGGAUUUCGUUCAUAACUCGGGAAUGUCUGUAUAUCCUUAUCAGGCCUGAGAGCAAUAAACUGACACAAUUUAUGGUAGUGAGCUGGUUCACAGAAGCAGCUGCCAUAAGUUAUAAAAUUAGAAAAGUUGUUGAGUUUUAACACUGUUGUCAGUUUAAACUGUGCCUUCACAGCUUCAGAAAAGAAAAUACAUGUUUUCUACAAACGGAAAACAUGAACGAAAAAAUUAUUUAAUUUCACGGUUAUCAUUUGGUUUGUGCAGUAGAAAUGGUCUUGAAAAGUUAAGUGAAAAUGUUCAUAUCAGAACAAUUUUUCUGGUGACUUUCCUUAAAGAAAAGUGAAGCUUUGUUGUCAAAGAAGAAACUUUUGACCCAAGACAUAAUAAAACAAUGUCAAGUGAUGUAUAUCUAUCUGUUACCAGACAUUUAAAGAAAGGGCCACUGAAUACUUAAUACUCUUAUUAUAUAUUCAGAAUAAUCCUAAAGGUAAUAAUCCAGAUAAUGUAAAAUUUCUAACCUUGAACCACUUGGAAACUUAGAGGUUUAGUAUAGAAGACUAUACUGAUAAUUUCUGAGGUUUAUUUAGGAAUUAACCAAUAAUAAAUGCAACUUAAUCCACAUGAUUUUGGUUUGUGGAUCAUGUGCACAUUUUUUUCAUAAAAGCCACUCAUGGUUGAUUUAUCAAUAUGACUUAUUAUCCAUUGCCUUUUCAUUGCAUUGACAUGUAUGCCUUUGUCCUUUUUCUUCUCUGUGAUUUUAUUUAUCUUUACUUGUUAGAUCUGUGCUUUUCCAUAUGCUUUCUUCCUCCUCAAAUUGGAGUUUUCUUUGUUCAGUUUAAUUCAGCAAGCAGUUGAUAAGCUUAUUAUGCAUUCAUCACUGUAUUAGGUUCUAUAUUGUAUUUUUUUACAUGUUCUUAGUGCAUAUAUUUAUAACAUCAACUUUCUUAUUUUUUUUUUUUUUUUAGGUGAAAUCUUGUAUGUAGAUUAAACAGCAAGUAUACAGGUUAUUAACUCUGGUUGGUUCUUAUUCACAAAGAUUUUUACACUAACUAUACACAUGUAAUAUAAGCACAGUUGUGUAUAUCAAAUUGUGUUUAGUUUAUAAAAUACGUAAAUAUUAAAAAUUCAGAGGCAAUGUAGUAUAAUAAAAAGAGGUAAGGUCUUGUAUGUUCCUAUAGACAGGCAUUUAUUUAGUUGUGUGAACUUGAGGAAAUUUCUUAACCUCUGAUCCUCAGUCCUCAGCUGUAAUAUGGGGACAUUAAUAUCUAAUUCACUUAAUUGUUUUAAGGGUUGAGAUUAGGUAUCUAAAGCAUGUAACUGUGUACUCAAAGCAAGUUUUUGACCAGUGAAUAAAUAUGCCUGAACCAAGAAAUUCCUAUGUAUAGUACAACAAAGCACAUAAAUUUGUUAUUAACCAUACAAGCAAAAUUUCUCCUCAGGGUCUUUUUACUUUUCACCCUUUAUGUUCAGACACGAAGUUUGUAAAGAGGUUUUCCUUUAAGACACUGGAUCUUUGUUUAAGGCCUACAGUAUGCAGCCUUUCUCCAGGACAGCAACCCCAAACAAGGACUGGGAAACAGAGAAUCAUGACUGGUAUUGUUUUGAAUGCCAUUUGCCUGGAGAGGUGUUGAUAUGUGACCUGUGUUUUCGUGUGUAUCAUUCCAAGUGUUUGUCUGAUGAGUUCAGGCUUAGAGACAGCAGUAGUCACUGGCAGUGCCCAGUUUGCAGGAGCAUUAAGAAGAAAAAUACAAACAAACAGGAGAUGAGCACAUACCUGAGAUUCAUUGUCUCCCGCAUGAAGGAGCGGGCUAUAGAUCUUAAUAAAAAGGGGAAAGACAAUAAACAUCCGAUGUACAGGAGGCUGGUACAUUCAGCUGUUGAUGUUCCCACCAUACAAGAGAAAGUGAAUGAAGGGAAAUACCGAAGUUACGAUGAGUUCAAAGCUGAUGCUCAACUACUUCUCCACAACACAGUGAUUUUCUAUGGAGCAGACAGUGAGCAAGCCGACAUAGCGAGGAUGCUAUAUAAAGACACAUGUCAUGAGCUGGAUGAACUACAGCUUUGCAAGAAUUGCUUCUAUUUGUCAAAUGCUCGUCCUGACAAUUGGUUCUGCUAUCCUUGUAUACCUAAUCAUGAGCUGGUUUGGGCUAAGAUGAAAGGUUUUGGGUUUUGGCCAGCCAAAGUCAUGCAGAAAGAGGAUAAUCAGGUUGACGUUCGCUUCUUUGGUCACCACCACCAGAGGGCCUGGAUUCCUUCCGAAAACAUACAAGAUAUCACAGUCAACAUUCAUCGGUUGCAUGUUAAGCGUAGUAUGGGCUGGAAAAAGGCAUGUGAUGAACUGGAAUUGCAUCAGCGUUUCCUUCGUGAAGGAAGAUUCUGGAAGUCUAAGAAUGAGGACCGAGGUGAGGAAGAGGCAGAAUCCAGUAUCUCCUCUACCAGUAAUGAGCAGCUGAAGGUCACUCAGGAACCAAGAGCAAAGAAAGGACGACGUAAUCAAAGUGUGGAACCCAAAAAAGAAGAACCAGAGCCUGAAACUGAAGCAGUAAGUUCUAGCCAGGAAAUUCCCACAAUGCCUCAGCCAAUCGAAAAAGUUUCAGUUUCAACUCAGACCAAGAAGUUAAGUGCCUCUUCCCCAAGAAUGCUGCAUCGGAGCACUCAGACCACUAAUGAUGGAGUGUGUCAAAGCAUGUGCCAUGACAAAUACACCAAAAUUUUCAAUGACUUUAAAGACCGAAUGAAAUCUGAUCACAAGCGAGAAACUGAAAGAGUUGUACGAGAAGCUCUAGAAAAGCUGCGUUCUGAAAUGGAAGAAGAAAAAAGACAAGCUGUAAAUAAAGCUGUAGCCAAUAUGCAGGGUGAGAUGGACAGAAAAUGUAAGCAAGUAAAGGAAAAGUGUAAAGAAGAAUUUGUAGAAGAAAUUAAGAAGCUAGCAACACAGCACAAACAACUAAUUUCUCAGACCAAGAAAAAACAGUGGUGCUACAACUGUGAAGAGGAAGCCAUGUACCACUGUUGUUGGAACACAUCAUACUGCUCAAUCAAGUGUCAGCAGGAGCACUGGCAUGCCGAACACAAACGUACCUGUCGCCGAAAAAGAUGAAAGCUGUAUUCUUCCUGGAGAAUCAUCCCCAAUGAUUACUAUUCUCAGACACAGCGGUUUUUGUUUCCAAGAAGCCAAAAUUGUUUAGAAUUUGCUUCCCAUUUUGCACCAGCCUUUAAACACUUUUCUUGAAGAAAUUUUGCACAGUAGUUUAACUCUUUUGUUAAUGCUCCUCCAGAGUUUUUCAGGAGGUAAAAGUAACAUCAGUGGAGGGUAUUAUUUUAAAUAAAUGUUAAUUGAGGAUUUGUUGCGUUUUCAGCAAAUUUUAAAACAUUUUUAGGUUUUACAGAGAUUUUAACCUUUAAACAAAGGAUCUUUAAAAAAAACAACAGGUGAAUACAAGUGAGUGUAACAAAGAAACAUUUAAAAUAGAUCUGAAUGUAAGAACUACAGAACUGUUUCAGAAAUAAAACAUACUACCUUGAUGUAACAUUUAUUUCUUAACCUUGUUGAGCUGGUUUUGUUCAGCUUAAUUUACUGUUUAAAGGCAUUAUCUAUUGGUUAUGCCAGUGGGUAUAUGAUUGAAUUUAGGGAACAGGGUUGACACAGCAGGUGCUAGUCCUGCAUAUUUUUUCUUAAAUAUUUCCCAAUUGUGUUUUUCAUUAUUUCUUUUCAAUAUAUAACUUUUAUAACAAAUUAUUAGCUUUGAUCUUGUAGUUUAAAAUUGCAGGGAACUGGGGUAAUCUUUUACUGAGCUGGAUCUUAGAGAAAAUGAAUAUUUAAAUUUUAAAGUUUGCACAUUUCAUCUUUGUCCUAACAUGAGUGCUUGUAACAAAAUAGACAACAAAAAUAAAAUAAAAAGCCAAAAACUACCUUUAUCCAUACGUGAAAUUAUAGAUGAGGUAUUCAAAUUUCUUUAAUGCUUCCCUUCUCCCCCUGCCCCCCAAUAUCAUCUGACUGCCUAUUAUCUGGUGUCACCUAGUAUAUUGUAAGUUAAUACUAAAAGGAAAGAAAGCACUUAAGUUUCACAGAAGCCGUUAUGUUUGUAGUAAUGGGUCAUUGCCUAUUAAUGAAUUCCAUCACUGUACACAGAAUGAAGAAUAAUGCAUGUUAAUUUUCUUGUAUUAAAGAUGCCGUGAUUUGUAAAAAGUCUGUAUUUUGCGGAAUGUCUGGAUUAAGAAGCAUUACCAAUAGGAAUGGAUCGAUAGUUGAAUAAUGAUUUUUUUAAUAUACAUAGAUAUAUAAAAUACAGCCAGGAAAAGUUAAAUUACUUUUUUUAAAAAAUAUCUCACAAUUUAUGUUUUUUCAAAGGCUGACUGAUCUUCGACCAAGUCAAAUUCCCAUUUAUCAUUUAGUUAUUUUUUGAGGUUACAGAAAUAAUUUGUAAAUAUUUAUUUAGAUCUUUGAUAUUUAUUAAAGCAAUUACACACAAUGGAAGUGAAAGAAUCAGGAGAAAAGCCUUUAAAAAAGUUUUCUCUAGGUUUGUCAGGGUCACUCUAAAAAUGUAACUAAGUCUUCUGUGAAAUAAUCAUCUAUCCAAUCCCGAUACUUUUGCAGAUGGUGGUGACACAAGUUAAUUGACAAGCUACUGCCAAAUGGUGCACAAUAUUUUGUAAUAAUGACAUGGUAGCCGAUUUCAAAUGAUAUACUUAAAUUAUGCAGUAACUCGGAAUGAUUAUCCACUCCUUGUUGCUGUGUAAUUAAUCAUGUUGCCACACUGUUGUGGUACUGAUUGAAUAAUAAUACAUUAUAACCAACAGAAGUUAACCUUCUUUGAUUGUUUUUCAAGUUUUAAAACUUCGAUCCACCCCUAUGAGAGCAAGUUAUUGUGGAAAUAUUUUUGGUGUAAAAUCAUUCCAGAGUAUGUAAUACUUAACUGAUAGCUGCAUGAAAGUAAGAUUCGUGUUACUUUGGCUUUUUUGUCUCUGUUGACACGGUUGCACAUUUCCAAGUUCCUACAGCGUGAAAACUGUGUGUUAAAAAAACAAAAAAAAACAAAAUUAAAAGAGAUUGUGGCCUGGUUUUGUAAAAGUUUUAGGUAAAAUUACAAUUGUUUUAGGACUCAUUAUUAAAAAAUUUCUGCAAAUCAUAAAGCUAUAUUAAGGUGUUGAGCUUAGCCACUAUGCACAUUGUAAUUACUCAUUGUGGCUGUCCAGUUCUAUGAUGCAUUCUGGCAUUUUGUAAGCUGCUCUGACUAGCAAUAUAUAGAUUCACUUAAUGUGUUAACAUUGGUAAAUAAAUGUAUUUAAAAAAAAAAACUGGCUUUAAUAAAUUGUUAAUUUAGCCCAGUCCUCUAUACCAGACCAAACACAACUGUAGCUAAAUGUUGAUCAUAUACUUUGGGUAUUGGUGACUAUUUACUUUUGUAUAAAAUCAAUGUGCUAAGUAUAAUUCAUUCACUUAAACAUUUAUUUAAAUUGAAUUCACUAUAAUUAGUUCUCAAAAAGACUGUAUCAUGAUUUAAAAAUGAGAGAAUGAUUAUUGCAUAUCAAUUGCAUAUUAAUGAUUACUGCAUAUCAGCAUGAAGAACUGAU